CGUAGUCAAGCUGCGCAGUUGAAAGCCAGCCUAAAUCAACUGCUGGUUCGGAGAAAUAAAAAAAGACGAUGUUGUUUUCUGUUGGGCUUCUGCUUUCAAACUAUGGAGUACAACCGUGAACACAGUUAAGAAACACGGACACGGUGUUGUGUUUUUUACACCCUGUGAUUGUAGUUUUUUUUUUGAUCGUGAUAAACACCGUUUAAUAAAUCGGACUCGAAGGAUCGGAUAGAACCGCAGAAAUGCCUCUGCUGUUUCUGGAGAGGUUUCCUUGGCCCAGCCUGCAGACCUACACCAUACUGAGUGUGGUGUUGCUUGCUGGGAGCAUCUUCAGUGCCUACAACAUUGUGACUGAUCCAGGCUUUGGGCCCUUGGAAGCCGAUGAAACACCAUCGUCACCAGAAGUGGAUCUUGAUCAUCUAAACAAUGAUAUAAGCAACAGUGAACUAGCAACUACUGUCCUGUGGUAUCUCGCCACAGACAGCCUCUUUGUAUGGGUGUUGGUCAACACAUUUUGCUGCUCGUUGAUGUUAAUAGCAAAAAUGAUUCAGUAUGUGGUGUUUGGUCCACUUAGAGUCAGUGAAAAGCAGCACCUAAAGGACAAGUUUUGGAAUUUCAUUUUCUACAAGUUCAUCUUCAUCUUUGGUGUAUUAAAUGUGCAGACUGUGGAGGAAGUGGUCAUGUGGUGCUUGUGGUUCUCCGCCCUUGUUUUUCUACAUCUUAUGGUCCAACUCUGUAAAGACAGAUUUGAAUAUCUGUCUUUUUCACCCUCCACCCCCAUGAGUAGCCACAUACGAGUGCUGUGUCUGUUGGUCUGCCUUCUGUUGGACUGCUUUGGCCUGCACGUGGUCUGUGUUCUCCUGGGGUCCACCUAUGGCAUGCACACACUUUCCUUUAUGGGAGCAGAGUGUUUGCUGGUUACUGUACGCAGUGGACAUGUCAUACUGAGAUACUCCAUCCAUCUGUGGGACCUGAACCACCCAGGGACCUGGGAGAGUAAGGGGACGUAUGUCUACUACUCUGACUUCAUCAUGGAGCUCUCUAUGUUGUUUCUGGACCUCAUGCACCACAUCCAUAUGCUUCUCUUUGGUAACAUCUGGUUGUCCAUGGCGAGCUUGGUUAUCUUCAUGCAGCUGCGGUACCUCUUCCACGAGGUCCAGCGCCGUAUUCGGCGACAUAAGAAUUACCUCCGCGUCAUCAACAAUAUGGAGGCCAGGUUUGCUAUUGCUACUGCAGAAGAGCUAGCGGCUAACGAUGAUGAUUGUGCCAUUUGUUGGGAUUCCAUGUUGUCAGCACGCAAACUUCCCUGUGGCCAUCUCUUUCACAACUCUUGCCUGCGCUCGUGGCUGGAGCAGGACACUUCUUGCCCAACUUGUCGAACAUCCCUCAACAUUAACGGGAAUGGAACCCCAGCAGGUGGCCAGCAGCAGGGUGGAGCGGCGGGAGAAAACGUUGGCCCGGGGGGAGCAGCUCCUGAUGCUCGAGCACACAUCAACCAUUUCUUCCACUUUGAUGGAUCUCGCAUUGCCAGUUGGCUGCCCAGUUUCUCCGUGGAGGUGAUGCACACGACUAAUAUCUUGGGCAUUACUCAGGCUAACAACUCACAGCUAAUGGCAAUGUCCCAUCAGAUCCAGGAGAUGUUCCCUCAGGUACCCACCUAUCUGGUAAUGCAGGACCUGCAGCUGACCCGCUCCGUAGAGGUCACCACUGACAACAUCCUGGAAGGACGCAUCCAGGUGCCUUUUCCACCACAGGCAAUAGAGCGCGCUCCUAUACAGAUUAAUACAUCAACGGAUGAGCAGGCAGGACCCAGUGGGGCAGCUGAUCAAAGUGACCCAGACAACAUGGAGGUGAGAGGAGGUCGCUUCUCAAAGUCAGCUGAGGAGAGGCAGAAGAUGCUGAAGCAAAGGAAGGAGGAGUUGCUACAGCAAGCACGCAGGAGAUACCUGAACAAGAGCCCAGAGGACCAGAAUGAGGAUUUGCCAGAACUAGAGGAGGACACUGUUCCAGAAUUGGACUUUACUUUGCUGAGACGCACAACCAUGGCAGCAGCCGCAGAGAGACGUUUACAAAACCUGCAGGACGCCUCACCUUAACACAAAAACUGACUUCAGGUGAAGAGUCUGCUACGUAAUCAUCAGACGUGACAUAAAAGGAGCCACGUCAACCAUCUCUCUCUCCUCCACUGAGUGCUGGACUUUGAAUGGACUUCACCUGCUCAAAAGUAGAAUUAUAAAGCAUUGCAGACAUGGUUUGGUCCACUUUGGACUGCUUUAACAAGAUGAGACUGUUAUAGCCUUUGCAUCCCAGAUUUAAGCCUGAGUAUUAUAUAAAUGAAUGGAUGCAGGUCCAGAAACACAGUCAUUGAUUGUCCUAUAUUCUCGUGCCACACAUUGCAACCACCAGCUUCCACACACAGUCAGUAUUUGCUUUGAUACUGUGGCUGCCAGAAUGAGCAUGGUUUGCAAAAUGUUUUAGGUCUACCCGUCUAUCAAGUUCCUGUAGUAGCUGGAGUUAAUCCCAGCUGACAACAAGAGGAGACGUGGUAUACUCUGGACAGGUCACUGAUACUUUUUGGGGAUCAUUGUUGUUUUUUUUGUUUUAUUAGAUUACAUCUGCAGCAGUCUUUUGCUAACUGUGGAGAGCUUUAUAUUGAGAAUUAAGGAAUUCAGUGGAUGUAGUUUUAUUGCUAAUUUAAAGAAAAUGGGGGGAAAUACUCCCAUUUGCAUUAAUGGAGAUGGAGGUGGAUGUGAUCAGAAGUCUAGAGUUCUCUCUGCUUUGAUAAUCCCAAGUUUCCUCGGGACUAGGGGUCACGCUGCGCUCUAAAUCUUGAACGAGUUGGUUUAAACCUUGACCUUUGUACACUAAAGGAAGUUCUGAGGGUCAGAGCUGUAGGAGCUUCAGGCAGGGAGUGUGUUUGUUACACCUGUGCCUACAGACCUGAUGACAGACAGGGGUCCUGGAUCCAUGAGCACCUGAUGGUGAAAGUGGAAUUGUGAGGAAGAGAGUCAACAUUAUAUACUGUAUGUUUAAACAGUGUCACCAUGUUUCUAGACUUCAGUGAAACUGGAGAUGAACACUGUAUAUUUUAAGUGUUUGAUUUCUGUGAGUUACAGAACGAGGGGACAUUUUUGGGCUGAGGAAUGCAUCCACGUAGACAAAUGCUUUUAUUUCCUUUCUAACCUCUACCGCCCCCCCACCCUGCUUUUUUUUUAAAGCAGUGUUGUGAUCUCAAUUGUUAAAAUUCUUCUCUUCUUCUUUGUCCAAUCUCUUAUUUGGGGGUGUUGUCAUAACAUAGGAUUCCAAAUUCAGUUAUUAAACAACUUAAUGAAAAGGUGUGUUUUUCUCUUUAAUUUGUCAAUUACUUUAAAGUUUUGAUAUUUUGUUAUAUUUCCCUACGCCGGUUGUUUUCGAUGACUCACUUUUUGUCAGAAAACUGGAACACGAUGUGAAUGAUGCUUUCUUGUAAUUUCUCCAAUUCAGCUAAUAAUUGUUCAGUUAUGAAUAAUUUCUGUAAAUCUAGUUUUGUAAAAUAUGUUAAUACAAAUUCAAUAAACAGCUUCUAAGGCUUUUUAAUUUAAAACA